AUGCCUCCACUUAGUCACCAGCAGCUUGCCGCCGCCGUCCUCAUGUUCCAUCGGCCAUCAAGAGUAUCGCCCAUGCAUGACGCCCGCCGUUCGCAACCUGAGUCUCGUCGCUAUGGACUCCCUCGCUCACCAACACUCGACAUCGUAGAUAGGUUUCCCCUCGUGGCCGUUGUCCAACACGACCCCUCUCAGCACCCGAAUGACCCACUUGGAGUUUGCCCUUGA